UUAGCGGGAACGGAGAAAUUAAAAGGAAAAUCUAACGCAGGAUUAAAUAUAGCCCAGCGUUUUCUCCUUGUUAUAUAAUUCAUUGUCGAUUAUCAAUUGAAAUGUCGAAUAUUACCGAUGAUGAAUUGAUGGAAGAAUUUGAAACGUUCGGUAUUGAACUUGAAGAAGAUGGUAAUGUUUCGAACAGAUUGAAAGAACUUUGUGCAUUAUAUCGUAUGACAGCAACAGAUAUUGUCAAUGAAUGGAUAGCUUUUUCUCAAACCAAAAAAGGAACCCAGUUAAUUGCAGAAAAUUUAGAAGCCUUUGACAGAGAGAAACUAUCAAAAAGACUAAGUAAAACACCAAAGACCCCACAAUUAAAGAAACAGAAACCCACAGUAUAUAAUAUAAACACAAUUCAUAAAAGCUUAAAUGAUGAUGAUGAAGCUCAGAAACUGUACAAUGCCUAUGGAACACCUAAAGCAAAGGGUAAUACAGCUAAGAAACGACAACAUACGCCUGAUUCUGGAUCUGUGAAAAGAUUAACAGGAGUAGAUCGUAUUCCAGCUGUACCAUUUUCACCGGCAAGUUUCUCACCUACAAGCACAACUCCUUCAAGAAAAUAUACAGAUCAUAAAAAUUCUGGUGAAGUGCUUGUAAGUUUUCCAGUUGAUAAUGUGCCAUGGCAGAGAAGUGAACAAGAGUGUAUUGUUGGUUUAUAUAAUGAAAGCCAAUCUAUUACUGCAAACUUUAGAUAUAUGUUCCAAAAAUUAACAGAUAAAGCUCAUGUAUUGAAUGAUAUGAUUGAAGAUAUGGCAUCACAGUUACAACAGUACAAUAAAAUAGAGGAAUUAUCUCAUGCAGCUUUACCUACACAGGAAAUUGUUAAUAUAUGUGGAAGAAUUUGUUGUGAUAGUAUAGGAAAGUUGAAUAAUAAAUCUGUGUUAUUAGAAGGUUCUAGAGAUACAUCAGCUGGUAAAUGUAUACCUGUAGAUCUGACAUCAUUAUCAGAAUAUUCCUUAUUUCCAGGACAGAUUAUUGCACUGGAAGGAUUGAAUAGCUCUGGACAAAAGUUUGUCGCACAGAAAAAGUUGCAGAAUGUUAGACUUCCUUUACCAGUUGCUGAAGUAGAGGGUGGUCAACAUAUAAAUAUUGUAGUUGCUGCUGGUCCUUUCACUACUUCGCAUACAUUAGCCUAUGAGCCUUUAGCAGAUCUGCUUAAAUUACUUCAAAAUGAUCAACCAAAUGUCCUUAUUAUACUUGGGCCUAUUGUUGAUGCCAGAAAUACUGAAAUAGAGAAAGGAAAUGUAAAUUUUACUUACGAAGAACUAUUCAAGAAACAGAUAGACGAUAUUUCGGAUGUUACUGAGAGAAUAAAUUGUGAAGUGAUUAUAAUACCAUCAUAUAGAGAUAUACAUCAUGACAGUGUUUAUCCUCAACCACCAUAUAUAGUUGAUCAACUAAAAUCUCAUGUUCAUCUAAUGUCUGACCCUUGUACCUUGACUAUAAAUAAUAUAGUGUUUGGUGUUACUUCCAGUGAUAUUCUAUUUCAUAUAGGCCAGGAAGAAAUUUCUUUUAUCCCUGGUUCCAGGGAUAGAUUAGCCAGAUUGGCCAAACAUCUUCUCUUACAACAGAGUUUUUAUCCACUGUACCCACCAGUUAAAGGUAUCAAUAUAGACUAUGACCAACUUGAGACAUUUGGUAAAAUGCUUGUCACUCCACAUAUUUUAUUAGUACCAUCAGAUCUCAAAUAUUUCAUAAAGGAUAUUGAUGGUUGCUGUGUAGUCAAUCCAGGACGUUUAGCCAAGGGACAAAUAGGAGGAACUUACAGUCGCAUGGUUAUUAAAACUGAUAGUGCUGUGUCUGGAUCAAUCAUCAAAUCAAUAUCUGCACAAGUUGUUAGAAUUUAAUACAUUCAUUGCAUUGUUGACUUUGGUCAGAUGACUGUUGUAAAUAUUUUUCAUGUAAAAAUGUAAUAAAAUAUAACAAGCGGUUGCCCUGCAAGAUAUAUGCCCACAUUUUGCAACAGGGUUCCCGCGGUCCUUGAAAAUCCUUGAAUAUCCUUAAAUUUAAAAUUUCAUUUUCAAGGUCUUGAAUAUCCUUGAAUUUCGCGGAAAUAGGAAAAUAUCCUUGAAUUUCAGUUGAGAUCCGUAAUUCUGUUUCAAAUGUCUUGAAUUCCUUUUAAAUAUGAGAUUAUAACGAUAGUUGGUAAUGUUUUGGUUAUUUUUAUAAGAUGAAAAAUUGUAACUUUAGGCUAAAAAAUGUCCUUGAAAAUCCUUGAAUUUGACGUAUAUUUAUCCUUGAAUAUCCUUGAAAAAAUGUUUGACGAAGCCGCGGGAACCCUGUGCAAGAGAUGGACAGAGAACAAGCUACGAUCAGAGGCCAUAAUCCAGGAAGCUAUGGUCCAAUACACGCAAAUAUCGAAAGGAACCGAGAUAUGUGGGAUGUAAACAUAUAUUUUAAGUUUCAUCAAAAUCGGAUAAAAAUUGUGACCUCUAGAGGGUCUACAACCAUGGUAUUACAUACUUUUUUGUCCGGCAGUUUUGGUUCGAUUUUCACAAAAUUCGAACUCAACCUUCAUUAGGGUGUAACGGAUAUAUAUUUAACGGUUUUUAUAUGCCCACAUUGAAAUGUGGUCAUAUAUUGUCAUCGCCCCAGUCUGUCUAUGGACGCUCUAGAGGCUAAAGUUAAUAUUCGAUUUACUUUAGAUUUAUACACAGUGUUUUAGCUCAUGAGAUGAAGAAGCCUAUUGAUUUUCACCAAUUUCCAAUAAUUUCUUCCAGAGUUAUGGCCCUUGAUCAAUUUUUAAAAAAUCUUGAGGACGCUCUAGAGGCUAAAGUUAAUAUCUGUUUGACUUUAAAUUUAUAUACAAGUGUUUAAGAUCAUGAGACGAGGAGGCCUACUGAUUUUCAACAAUUUCCUAUGAUUAUUGCCAGAGUUAUUGCCUUGGAUCACCUUGAUUGACGUAUCUUGUGGACACUCUAGAGGUUCAAGUUAAUAUCUGAUUGACUAUAAAUUUAUGCAGUGUUUAGUUUAAGGUUAUAAGAUGAAGCCUAUUGAUUUUCAGCAAUUUCUGAUAAUUACUGCCAGAGUUAUGACCCUUGAUCACUUUGAAAGUUAAUAUCUGUUUGACUUUAAAUUUAUAUACAGUGUUUAAGAUCAUGAGACGAGGAGGCCUACUGAUUUUCAACAAUUUCCUAUGAUUAUUGCCAGAGUUAUUGCCUUUGAUCACCUUGAUUGACAUAUCUUGUGGACACUCUAGAGGUUCAAGUUAAUAUCUGAUUGACUAUAAAUUUAUGCAGUGUUUAGUUUAAGGUUAUAAGACGAAGCCUAUUGAUUUUCAGCAAUUUCUGAUAAUUACUGCCAGAGUUAUGACCCUUGAUCACUUUGAAAAAUCUUGUGGCGCUCUAGAGGUUAAAGUUAAUAUCCGAUUGAUUUUAAAUUUAUACACGAAGAAGCCUAUUGAUUUUCAGCGAUUUCAGAUAAUUACUGCCUUAGUUAUGGCCCUUGAUCACUUAAAUAAAAAACUUGUGGACGUUCUAAAGGCUAAAGUUAAUAUCUGAUUGACUUUAAAUUUAUACGCAGUGUUUGAGGUCAUUUUCAACGAUUUCCGAUAAUUACUGUCAAAGUUAUGGCCCUUGAUCAUUUUGAAAAAUCUUGUGACGCUCUAGAGGCUUAUGUUAUCAUCCGAUUGACUUCAGAUUUAUACACAGAGUUUAAGGUCUUGUGACCAAUGCUGGAAAUAACUUUCGAAUGUGUGUCUGACGCCAUGUCAGACUGGAUGAACAUUCUGCCUGACAUUUAAAAUUUUGGGUCGACAUAAUAUUCUGACAUUUGGGUUGGCACAAUGUCUAUCAAGAUCUAUUCUGUUGACUAAUGUCUUUUGCGAUCUACAUGAAGUGAGCCAGGGCAAUUUUGCUUAGUUUUCGUUUGUUCGAAGAAAUUUUGUCACGGAUAUAAAAUGUUACCCGUUAAAUUGCCUUGAAUGUCAUGAUACUUGGGGUAGAUACAUGUCGUUCGGGAAAUGCAGGGUGCUAUUUUAUCUCAGGAAUCGAACACGAACACGAUGUUUUAGGAAUGAAUAAUUGGGUCAUGCUUCCUGCUAAUUUAAAAUACACACCACCCAUUGAGAACUUAACUAUUUGUUGUAUGAUUAAAUAAAGUAUGAUCGAGA